AUUUAGAAUAUACUGUCGUGAUGAUAAAAAACAUACAAUGGUGAUAGCUUUAAAAACAAAAGUGACACCUAGGAAGAUUUUAGGUGUUUAUAAAAAAAUCUAAAUACAUAUUUUUAAUAUUUCCGCAUACUUUUGAAAUCACCCAUGAUACCUUACAAAUGUUGCAUGACACAAAUUUGAAUUUAAAUUAAAAACAAUAGAUAUUGUGAUGAAAUGAUUUGAUAGUACGCGAUUUAAAUAUUUUGAACUUUAAUUCUAAAUUAUUUAUUAUUUCUGUAAUAUAAUUUAUGUGAUCAUUGUGACUAGCUCGAAGCUGGCCGCAGUAAAUGGAUUUGCCGCAUUGGUUAUAUGUAUAAUACUUAAUUUUUUGAAAAAAUAUUGGAGUUUAAAAUGAGCUUAACUGCAGAAGAACUAAUAUGUAUGUUGGAGGAGAAAAUACAAUACGCACGGGACUUGAUAGAAAGAUUACAUAUUAUUAAAAUGGUAGAAGGAGUGCCUAAAUUACAGAGAAAAAUUCAACAAGAAAUGGACUUUUUAAUGAGAUUAAAAAAAUCAAAAAAGGUUAAAGUAGAACAGUUGUCAUGCUCAAAUCUGAGGCAUCUGGGUGCAAUGGUUGACUGUGCUCUAAGACCAGGAGUAGUAUCAGUUUGUAAAAUAUUUCACAUUAAUGCUGAUAGCAAACUUGUUAUAGACAUAAUAAGUGAAAAUGGAAAAGUUUGGACUAAAGUGAUAGCCCGAAAUCCAAAAUCAUUAUCAGCACUUAGUGAAGGUAAUGCAUCAUAUGGAGCAAGAUCAAUUUUAGACCAAGCAGUGGAUUAUGUUGAAUGUGCUAAAUUAUAUCCCUGUAUGUUUAAACCCCCAAAGGUCAUUUUCGAGUUUGUAAGUGGCAUUGAAAAGAAUCUGGCUCAUAGGCUGAAAUCUCAUGGGAUUGUUGUAAGUGGGGAAAUUUUGCCAAAUUCUACUGAUUAUUUUGAUGAAUGUUCAGAUUCAUCAUCAGCUGAAGACACUGGUGGAAAUAGUACAAAUGAACAUGCGGGAAUCUUCUCAAAUGAUAAAGACAUUGGUAUUAACACUCUUAAUUUAGAUGUCACUGCUAUGAUGGCAUAUGUGAGCAACAUGACAAAUGGAUACUGCAAAUACUUGUUUCAACAAGAUGUGUUAACACAACAAGCAGCAUGGGAUGAUGAAAGACCUGUAAAACCAAUAUUAGAUAAAUUGUUUGAAGGUAAAACGUUAGUUUGCUGUAGAACCGCUUGGGAUAAUUUUGAAAAAAUUGUACAAACUUUAGGAGGGCCUAUGGAGAAGAAAAGAAGUAUGAACUUAAAAGAAAUGUUAACCAUACACGAUGAUGACUAUGGAGGUCCUGAUGACUAUCCCAGACAAAAUUUGAAAGUGAGGGGCAAUGUUCGAUUAAGAUCAAAAACAGUAUUCAACUUUGGCCAUAGGAUUAAAGCCCUCACUGUUUCUGCUAAUGUGGGAUUUAUAAGAGCAGCAAUGCAACAGGGUGUUAACUAUGCUGCCUUUAUUCACGAAUCAAGAGCUCUUACCGAGGGAAAAGAAGGCAGCGCCACAAAAAUUUUAUGAUCACAACUAGCUAAUUUUAUUUAUAGGGAUUAUCUGACCUUAAUACAAAUUAUGUUACGAAACAAUUGUGUUUUAAAUGA